UAUUGAUAUGACUAAUGCAUCUGCAAUCACAUCUGUGAAGAACAGCAGUUGCUUUAUAAAACAACUGAAAAAAUGGAUGUUGAGUGAGUUAACAUAGUGAGGCUUGUGUUUGACCUUGUGGGUGUUUUUAUUAUUUGAUUUACUGUAUAAUUUUGAUGUUGUUGUUAGGUAUAUUAAUGUAAGAUAGGAUAUAGGUAACAUGCAAAAGUCACUCCCUUUUCUUGCCUCCCAGUUGUCCCAUCAGGACAACAGUGGAUAUAAGUCAUGUGACUUUAUAUCCAUAUCCUGAUGAAUUUUUGUCCUGUAUGCACAGUUAUGUACUGUAUUUUAAUUUAAUGAAUAAGAUCUAUAAAUCAAUUGAUCCUUGAAUGCACCAGGAAGUCAGUUUAAAGUCAAAGGCGAUUUUUUCUGUAACAAGACUAAAAACAUUAACCUUGUAAGACCUCAUGGAUCCUUACUUUAUCAAAGGUUAUUAUUCUCUACAAAAUUAUUACAAUAGGAUCAGUCACUAGGCCUGAAUCCAGUGCACAUUGUUUUGAUCUAGCCUCAGGAGGAGAAUUUUUUCUUUAUGCAUGUGUAAGAUGUGUGUUUAUGCUUCCUACUUUAAACUGAAUGACCAAAUACGCAGCGGGAAUCUCUGCAGGAUUUUGCAGUUUGAGGAUCAGAUGUUUGUUGUGACACAGUCAAACCUUCUCCAUACCAGGGAGAAACGAGCCCACAGGCAGCUCGUGAAGGCAUCACAGAUGCACCUGCGUCUGAAGGACGCUAGUUUAUAGUCGCUCUCUGAUUGGCUAGUUGCCAUGAGAGGCGGGAGCGCUGUGCGGAGCCGAGCGGAUGAUUAGGCAGUACACCUGGCCGUCAAGAUAAGUGCGCCUACCUGUCACUUCCUGCUGUCGGUAUUUAUUCAUUUCAUUUCUUUUCUCUGCUGGAGAUGGUCUGGCACGUCACUGCCAUGAUUGUAUGAUUUCGUCUAAUGUAUCCCGCGCGGUGUGUGGAUCCCGCGGACCAGACGUUACGACCUUGGCUUCAUGUUCGGCUCAAAGGAGGAGUAACCCCCCCCGGACGCUCCUUGGAAAACACCGUUCGGGCUUAAUCACCCACCGCGGCUGGACUGGAUUUAAUGUGGACUCAUACUGUCGUCUGUAUUCAGAGAGCAGCAGCAGCAGCAGCAGCAGCAGCAGCAGCGGCGGCGGGAGACUCUGCCUGGAGGAGAGGUAUGGAUGAGAGGUUAUGUGUGCCCCCCAGCUAAAGGCCCUGACCUGUGCGUCCCACCAGUCCCUCUGUGAGCAUGUAUCGCAGGAACGGGCUCUCGGAUGGCACCAGCAUCAACUCAGUCACCUCAGAGGCCAGCAGCAGCUCUGACUCUCUGGAUGGACCCUGUGUGGACUACGCCAAGAGCUACGAUGCAGUGGUCUUCGAUGUGCUGAAGGUGACACCUGAGGAGUUUGCUAGCCAAAUCACCCUGAUGGAUGCACCAGUCUUCAGGGCGAUACAGCCAGAGGAGCUGGCCAGCUGUGGAUGGAACGGAAAAGAGAAACACAGUUUGGCUCCAAAUGUGGUCGCAUUCACACGAAGGUUCAACCAGGUGAGCUUCUGGCUGGUGAGGGAAAUCUUAACUGCCCAGACGCUGAAGAUUCGUGCAGAGAUAUUGAGCCAUUUUGUUAAAAUCGCAAAGAAACUGUUGGAGUUGAACAACCUUCACUCUCUGGUGUCGGUGGUGUCUGCUCUGCAGAGCGCUCCCAUCUUCAGGCUCAGCAAAACUUGGGCGCUGAUCAGUCGGAAAGACAAGGCCACAUUUGAGAAGCUGAACUAUCUGACGUCCAAGGAGGAGAACUACACCCGCAUGAGAGAAUACAUCCGCUCCCUGAAGAUGGUGCCGUGUAUUCCUUACCUCGGGAUCUACUUGUUGGACAUGAUCUACAUUGACUCAGCCUAUCCUGCAUCAGACAGUAUCAUAGAGACGGAGCAGCGGACCAAUCAGAUGAACAACCUGCUGAGGGUCAUCUCUGACCUGCAGAUGUCAUGUAACUAUGAUCAUCUUGUGACUCUGCCACAUGUCCAGAAGUAUCUGCUGUCAGUUCGCUACAUAGAGGAACUCCAGAAGUUUGUGGAGGACGACAACUUCAAGUUGUCUCUGAAGAUUGAACCCGGCAACAGCUCCCCUCGCAUCGCCUCCUCUAAAGAAGACCUGGCAGGUCUGUCUGAGGUCUCCGCCUCUAUGAGGUACAACCGACGGCCUACCUGCCCCGAUGCCUCCGUGGGGGUUCACAUCCCCACCCCUCCCCCCUCCCACCACAGGAAGAGCCAUAGUCUGGGAAACAAAAGUAUGCCCGGCUUUACCACCAGGAGCAGACUGACUCAGCAGAGUAUGAUGUGUCAGUACGGCAUGUCGGAGAGCAGGAGCGCCACCUUUCCCAUAGAGAAAGCACGACACCUGCUGGACGACAGCUUCUUAGAGUCUCAGAGCCCCGUCAGAAACGACCCACACAGCACAUCUGUGUCCAACGGCCUGUCAUUAGGCAGCAGUGAAAGCUCUUUUGGGGAGGAGCUGUCACCUGGAAUGGAAAGGGGCCGCAUGUAUGCUACACUGGGCCCCAACUGGAGGGUCCCGCUUCGCAACUCCCCCCGGAGCCGCAGCUAUGUUUACAGCUCCUCUGCUGCCAACUCCUGCUAUGGCUGCAGCGAGGCCGGCGGUGUGACCAUCGAAGGGCCCCUGAGGAGGAAAACCAUGCUGAAGGAAGGACGGAAGCCCAAGUUGUCAUCGUGGACCAGGUUUUGGAUUUCUCUGUCUGGAUCAACGCUGACCUUCUAUGGGGCCAAAGCUCUGAGGGCCUCUGAGAGGAAACAUUACAAGUCCAACCCCUGCAAGAAGGUGUGUGUGACUGGAUGGAUGGUGGUGCUGCCAGACGACCCGGCCCGGCCCAACAUCUUCCAGCUCAAUGACCCAGACAAAGGUAAUGUUUACAAGUUCCAGACUGGAUCCAGGUUUUCGGCCAUCAUCUGGCACAAGAACCUGGAGGAGGCUUGUAGGAGCAGCAGACCUCAGAUACCAGCAAACCUCAUGUCAUUUGAAUGAGAGCGGACUUUAUCUGGGAGGGGGGGGGGGGCAUCAUUGUGCCAAACCCAUUAGUUUGGGAAGUAUAAACUAACUACAGCUGAUUGGUAUCUAAUGAAAGAAGCAUGUGAAGAAGCUCCUGCACCUGCCAACACACCUGCGGUCUUCUUCCGUGACUACGUGUAAAGUAAAUCCUGGAGAGACCUGGUGAGGCUGUCCCCUUGUUUCUUUCUCUAAGCUUCCUUGUUCACUGUCAUUUGUUACGCUGCUAUAAACAUGUGAGCAAGCACAUAGUUUUUUUGGCCCAUGUUGGGUUUCUGCGUGGGUGAAAAGAUGCAUCAGUGCACAGAUGUGGACCACAGUGUUAUCUGAGCGAUAUCGAGCUGCGGUGCACGGACCAGUGUUAUAUGGCCUUCAGAUGGAGCUCAGGUUUUCCGUACGGAGAGUUGAAAAAGACGACGAAGGAAAACACGGAUCCCGACCUGUUCUGUUGUUCAACAGGAUGAAAGAUCUGUCUGCAUCAACAUCAUAUCGAGGAAACAGUAUCACUGCACUCAUGAUGUGGGAUCUUCCAGAGAAGGUGUGGAGCAUGAAAAACGUGACCCUGUUUGAAGGCCUCAUCAUUACUAUGAAAGAUCAGCAGAAAGGGCCGAUCGGACGUUCAGCCCUGUGACGAACAGCUGGACUGAAUUUAUAGUCAUACAAAAAUAAUCUAGAGCCACAAGCUUGGCUUCAAGAGCUGGUGUUGAAUUGUGGGUAAAAUGAGGAAGCAGCCCUGGAUCAGUUCACCUGUUCAUCCCUCGCUACCUCAGCUGGUAGUCCUCCUGUAAAAGGUGUUUGCUGAUGUACAGAGCAAAGGUUUACAAACAGCAGCAGUCACUAUUUUCUACAGAACAAAUCAAACACCAUGGAAACGGUUCUGAACACAGUGAUAACUAAUCAAUAACGCAGAGAGCAGCCAGCUGUUGUCCACACCGAGGCCCAGGCAGCCGCCUUGAGUGAAUUUAAAGCAAUCUACAGUGAAGUACCGAGCUUUCAACAAUCAUGUGUGUGACCUGUGUGUAAAUACUGUAUUUAUUUGUAAAAGAGUUUAUUUUUGACAAUUGGCUGACAAAGGGAAACUAACCACCUGCUGAAGGAAGCGGAUCCUCAGAGAGACUGUUGGUGGGAGGCCACCCUAAAACCUAGUUCUCCUGAUCUCACACUGAAGGACCCUGGGAGAAGGGAAGACUCCAUCAGCAUUGGUACUGUUCAAUAACCUGCUUAAAAAGCUAAAUGUUAUGUUGAUUUAAAGGAUAAUUCUACUUUAUUAUAACUGGUAUCGUAUUGUCUUGGUUUGUCCGUCCUCUUAUCAGUCAUAAUAUUUUUCUCCAAGGUAAUGUCUGGGAUUUGGGAACACAACAAGUCAAAGGAGUUUAAAUAUCUUGGGGUCUGUGGUGAUGUGGAUAUUACGGCAGCAUUGAGCCUGAAGUCAAGACCGAUCUUUGUUCUGAUGCUCACCCGGGUCAUGGGUUUUGCACUAUGAUCAAAAGAAUACCCUCAGAGAAGGGAAGAAAGCAUCAUUAGGGUCGGGUUACGCUGGAGAAGAACUAGUUCAUACAACAUGUUUUGCAACUGUCCCAAACGGCCACAUCUGAAGGCGCUGGUCAACAAGUGAUUCUGCUUCUCUGCUCUUUUUUAAUCACAUGUAGACCUGAUCUUGUGACUCUCUUCUAUGGAAAGUAGCUAAGGUUUGUCCAAAAAGUCACUAGAUUUGUAACUUGGUGCCUGUAAAAAGAGGCCCCUAGUCCGGCAUCCAUACACGGUCCAGACCUGAACCAGGUUUAACCUUGUUGUGUAUGAAAAGUCUCUAAAUCUAGAGACAAUGAGCUAAGUUGCCAACACUGCAGCUGUGAACACCCCCCUAAGUCACAUGGCAUUCGGCUGAUUACGUUACUCAAUCACUAAACUCUGUCACUCACUCACUCAGUCAGUCACAGACAUUCGUAUUUCUGCUGUUGCGGUCCAGCCAAUAAUAUUUGAACCUCUCUCUCGCUCUCUUUCUCCCCCGCUCCUUUUCUCAUUUCUUACACAGUCACUUAUUUCUCCUUUUGCUUGUAUGUACAAAUGAGUGCAACCAGGAAGUUUAUACAAUUUAUCUCACCACUCUAGGACAACCAGCUGUUCACCCAUCCCCUCCAGUGUGGCCGUUUGGACCUAUAAACACCUGUGAUGGGGCUUGAUAACACUUUGUAUGAACUAACUUGAUUGAAGCAUAGCCAGGCCUCGAGAGGGUCAGACAUCUGGAAGGAGCUCGGAGUAGAAAUGUUGCUCCCUCACAGUGAAAGGAAGUUUUUGUCCAACCAGGAGAAGGUCUAACCCAGAAUACGCUGAGGGGAUUGAACAAGGCCUGGAGGAUGUCUCUGGCAGAAAGUCAUGUGCACACAUUUCAGAUGCACUCACUUUCAGUUUGACCUCUAAAUAAACAGGUUUAGAUAAAUACUAAAAAAUAAUAGAUAAAAACUGUUGGUGUCUUUGUCAGAUUUUGCUGUAGCGAUGUAAUGUUGUCAUCACUGAUGGAAACAAUGGUAAAGGCUCUGAAAAUAAGAUCCAAGCUGUAAUAAACCAGAAUUAUCCUUUAAGAGUGAAACUCAGAAAAAUGUAAAUGAAGUUAAAUAUUUACUAAUAGAUGUCAUAUUAUUUCUAAUGUCUCCCUAUUGUUGUAAACCACAAUGACUGUCAGUAAUUUAUGAAAUCAACCAUCAUGGUGGCAAAAAAUAUUGAAAAACAACUUUCAGUAAUCACAGUGUUAAAAAUCUACAGGUUUAAUAUUCUUUUCUUCUUUUCUUCGUUCAUGAAUUGUUCUUGACCAAAGUUAGUGUGGACGAAUAGAUUUCUUCAACCAUUGAUUCUCCAGUAUUAUUGUCUGUCUACAGAUGAAGUCAUAACGCCUGUGUCUUUUACUACAAAUCACAUGUAAUUGAUUGAAUCAUUCUGCUGCUGCGUUUCAGAAACUGGAAUUGACUCUUUCCAUCAUUCCAGACAUUCACCGGUUUCCACUGUCUCUCUGUGGGGAGGAACAUCAAGCAGCAGACGCCUGAAACUUGCUUCUGUUAGUAUUGGUGUAUUCUGCAUAUCAGUCAAUUAACAACAAGAGUGGUCAACAGAGGGGAAGAUUAUGUUUGGGGUAAUUUAAGAACUUUACAUAGUUUGUCCACCAGAGGGCACUGACCUGUUUAUUUCUAGUGGUGUGGCCAAAGACACUCUAUAACAAAAGAUGAGGCAUUACAAGCAGCACCACUGGUAUGAAAUGGUUUACACUUCCUGUCUCCUAAGUGGCCGUGGCCUUGGUUGCUUGUUCAUGUCGAAACAACAAACAGUAUGACAGAUGGAUACAGUUUGAAUUUACGCCUGAUUUUGCUGCUCGUUUUAAGGCAAUAUUCAGCAACUGUGAUCUGAUGCUGCACACAGCCUGAGUCUGAACUAUGGACAGAACGCUGUUCUGAGAUCAGAUGUGAGGAGAGAUAUCAGUUCUAUUUCAGUAUCAUUCUAAUUGACGUCUGUUUUUAGCUCUAACUGGUCAAACGUUGCUCAUCUUGCUUCAGCUACAUGAUGCAGUAAUUUCUAAUGUUUACAAAGAUUAUUGCAGAUUUCAUGUAUUAGGUUUUACCCGCCAAGCAAGUUUCAAGGGUCUGCUAACUGAGUGUCAGAAUCAGUGGAAACAAGUGCCUGGAAUGAUAACUUAUAAAAACUCUGGUGGUCCAUGAAGACCAGAACACAUUUCUUCAUCUUAUAACAGUGGAGCUAUGGCUGUACCUCUCCUCUAAAUACUAGAACAUACAGUAAUUCCUCGUAUAUAGACCAUAAUCACCAAGCAUCACCUGUGAAUGACUGAGCCUGUGUUCUUGUGUAUUAUUUAUUUUUCUUUUAUGAUUGUGGUUGAUCUGAAAAAAGGUUUCUGCACUGAUUGAAUGUGGAUCGAUGCAUUUUUGAUUCUGUGUGGAAACAGAUGUUUUUCUUUCAUGUCCUGCUGCUGUUGAUGUACAGUUUAUUUUAUGGUGUUUGAAGGAUAAAACUUCAGUAAAGAAACAGUUGAAGAUGUUCAGGUAACAGCUCGUCCUCGGGUCAAAUAUAAAAUGUAGUAUUCAUUCAUCUGCUUAUGUCCAAUAUAAACACAUAUACAGUCAGAAGGGAUCAACACAGUCAUAUGGGUUUUGUUGCAGUGGCUUUGAAUUCACCUUAAUGGAUUUAAAUUAAACCAUGAGGUUAAUCUACUGAUUUUGAACUUCAAUUAAAGGCUGAUAGUUAGUGCUUUAAUCUCAUAGUCGUUGCUAAUUGGUCCAUUAUACUGGAGUUGAACCAAAACAAUAACCAUCACUGUACAGAAUCCUUCCUGACUGCUCUGUAGUUCCAGGAUAUGUUCAAGAGUGCCGGCAACUUCUCAGCUGUUUCAUUUACAUGUGAGCUUCAAUAUCAAGUCACUGAUUUAUUCAAGAGUCACCUGGAUUCUGUUUAGAGUGAGUAGUGUUGAAACCUGGCAAUCCCACUGAGAGGACAGGAUGAGGAAGGCUGGAUAUGAAACCUCAAUAUUACAUAAAAAAACCCCUACUCAUUAACAGAGGAUGGCGUUGUGUCUGCUCAGAUUUAUAGUCUUGCUGAUUCAUUCUUUGAUCAUUUGAAUUAUAUAGGUUAUAUUUAUUAAGGUAAACUGUCAGAAAAGGUGUCCUUGGUAGUAGCAUAGUGAUCCUAUUGAAAGGUUAAUUACCCAGCUGUUUCAUUGACCUGUGAUGAAGCUGUGAUGAAGGUGACCUGGAUCAAUGAUAUUUCUAUACUGGAUGUACAAAUGUGAAACUGCUGUUGAUCUUUUCAUCUGAAUUUAAUGAAACACAGGUGAACGAUUUGUGAUGUAACAAGAUAAAGUGAUAUAUUUUUAUACCAAAAAAAAGUUUUAUGUUAAAACGGAAUGAUCUGGUGUCGGGUAAUAACAAGAUAAUAUGUCACAAUAUCCUAUUAUAACACAAAAAGAAUCUAAUUGAAACACAUUCAAACAGGAAACGGAGGAAUUUUUUGUUUUUUUGUCAAAGUGGCAGCAAAUUAAAUGUUAAACAAAUCAUACAAAAAUCCCAAACUGUGAUACCUUCAAUGUCCAGAUCUCUCCGAGAUAAAGUGACAUCUGUAAGAUUUUUAAUACAUGUCUUUAAGUCUUUUAUUUGUCACUGAAUCAUGAAACACAGUGGUGACUGAGCCUUUGACCCACUGAGGAGAUUAUAUAGAAGUCCUUGCAUUUAACAGUUGUAUGAACUGGGUGUCUGCUAUGACCCCCACAAAAUCACAAGGAAUUCAAGUCACUAAAAUAACAUUAGCAACGUUGUAUUUAACAUGUUUGGCCAAAGGUGUCGCCAAAGAUGAAAAAUUUUCAACAUUACUACUUUAAAGGGAGAGUUAGAAAGGUAUAACUGGUGCUGCUGACAAUUUUUUAUCACUUAAUUUAUUUGUAAUUUUUUUUUUAUUUUCAAAUCACCUUGUCUCAAACCUAACCUAAAGUAUUGCCAAUGUUUCCACUAGGGGGCAGACUGGGGCCAAAUCAUCCAACGCCAAUGCUGGAUUAGUUUCUCUGAGAACUGAGCAGAAUGUAUGUUGUUGAUGCAAAUGAUUCUAUUGCAGUUGUUCCCAACCUUUUCCAACUCAUGGCCCAUUUGAAAAUCUCAAAAAAUGUUGGUGGGAACAUCCGACCUCAUAACAAUACUGAGGCCGAAUGAUGUCAGUUUUUCUUUUUUGUCUGACAGAGGAGAGAUCACUUGUCAAUUCACCUUUCCCCUCUUUCCUUUUAAUUCUUCCUGUUGCUCACCAGCUGUCCAUAAUGAUUCUCCAGUUUGUGCCAUGGAUGCGUCUUUCAUCAGACCGAGGCUACGUCCACACUGUAAUGUUUUCAUUUUAAAACGCAUCUCUUUUGAUACGUUUCCUCCUCCCAUCCACACGAUUCCGGAGUUUUUGAGCACUGAAACCGGGACUUUCAGAAACACUGCUGGAUCUGUUUGAGUCUGAAAACUCUGGGGUUGUGUUGUUGUCCGGACGGACAGAAACUGAGACCUUUGGAAACAAUGACAGACACCCACGGUCGCUCGCUGUUCGGGUGUCAUCAGCCUCAACUACCAGUGGUCAAUACAACACGGAUAACGAAUUACUGUUAGCAUAUCUUACCUUGUUGUCUCUACUAGCAGCUGUUGUUUAGUUAAAGUCUGUAUUUUAACGCUAAGACUGUCUUCUUCCUCAUUCGUGGUAUUUUGUGCAACUAAUCAACUGCAGAGUGGUCAAUCUGCUUCCUGUUUACACCGGCUUGCACGUGCUCAGUGUAGGUAAAUGGUCAUGUGUGUAUGAGUUUUCAGGUGUGUUGGUCUGGACGGAGAUCGUUUUCGUUUCAAAAUGAAAACGUAGAGGUGUGGACGCAGCCUGUGAUAACAAGUAUACGAUGCAGUCCGGCUGGUGACAACAGAACAGUUUUUGACAGUGACAGGCCUUAAUAUGAGAAAAAAUAAUAAUGAAAGGAGAUUUUAAACAUUUUUAGUGUUUUUAAACAUAAUUUUGUUUUUAAACGUUUAAAAACAUUAUUUAUAUUUUAUUUUUUAUUUUUUUAUAAUUACAUAUUUUCACCAAAAUUGUACUGUUUUGCAAAUUAUUGACAAGACCUUUGCAGCCCACCAGUAAGUCCUGGCCCACAGGUUGAGAGCCACUGCUCUAUUGGUUUGUUCAGUGAGCUGCUGCCCUGACUUCAUAUCAUCAUAUCUGACCUACUGGGUUGUAAAGGCAUGUAGGACGUUGUUAAUGGUUAAUUAACCGCCAAAGCAGCACAUUCUCCAAAAUGUCAAACAAAUACUUUGCCAUCAUUUAGCUUGGAUUGUUAAAUAUGUGUGUGCCACCACCGUUUUUAUGAACUUAUCUCUAUACAGUGAGUUGUUGUAUUAAAUGUAAUUUUUUAUAACCAAUGCUGAUGGAUCUUUGAGUGACUGAUCAAAGCAAAACUAAAGUUUAGUCUAACUGCUGUUAAUCGGUUUAAAAAUGUUCUUUUUUCUAUCUGUUCCCCAAACACUUACAAACACCUCAUGAACACGUCAGCAUGUGUAACGUAGCCUUCAUUAGUUUAGAUGCAGAUCGACUCCAGGAGCAGUUUACCUGUGAUUUUUUUUAAAUAACUGAUAAUCCAAAUAUGUUUGAUCCAAAUGUAGAGAACGUUAGCAUCAGUUUGUACAUGACAGCAUCACUGUCCAGGUUGUUUUCAUGAAGUAUUUCAACGAGUAUUGCUUUACUCCUUUCUUUUUGAUACUUGGUCAGAUUUGUGUUUUUAUCCAGUUCCACUGAAGAAGAACUGACUGUGUUUUAUGCGACAUUGCAUGCAUUUUUGUGUACACGGUUUCUAGAGUUGUAACUGAAAAAGAGAACCACUGGGUUGUGAUAUCAGUCUGUGAUUAUUUUGCUAGUUAUUUCUUACCAUGACAUUGCUAUAUGUUGCUGUAUUUUUCAGCUUCAGACACUGAAUUGGGAAUAAAAUUUCUGUACAGAAA